GACGCGUUGUUGUGAAGACAGCCGCUGAUCUGGCUGCUGCCUGUCGAAUCAUGCUGACUCGGUUAUCCACUCCCGCGUUGCGCCACUGGCCGACGCUUCGCAGCUCUGUUUCAUCGGCAUGCCUGCCUCAUCAGCACGCCCGUCCCCCCGUCCACUGCUCCCUCACAUCAGCCCAUCGGUCCUUCGCCGGACGGCGGAAAGGCGGCGACCACAAGAGGUGGCACAGACACGCAGAGCACGCAGCGGAGGAAGGUGAAGCGGCAGAUGGAUCAGCGGCGGGCGGUGCCGGUGCGGCAGAAGCAGCUAGUGGGGAGUCGGCUAGGGCAGAGGGAGAGGGAUCUGCGGAUUCUGGCGGCGCGAGCCACGUUCCGUCGGUCAUCCGUGGAGUGCCUCAUUUCCCGCAGUUGUUUGCGGUGCCUCUGUUCCGGAAGCCGGCGUUUCCCGGGUUUUAUCAGAUUCUGCAGGUGCAGGACAAGGAGGUGGUGGACUUCCUGCUCGACCUCAGGAAGAAGGGGCAGGAGUUCGUCGGGGCGUUCCUCACUAAGGUGAGUGGGGGACGGAAGGAGCCGAUUGAUGAGUGGAUCUGAGGGAUAGUGGUUUGCCAUCUGUCUGUGUGUGUGUCUUUGUCUUUAGGAGGAGCCCAAGUCUGAUGAUGAAGAGACCUACGUGGCCACACUCAGAGUCGACGCAGGUGCAUGGACGGCCAGACAGACAGACAUGCACAUUGAGGGGCCUAUUCCACGUGUGUGUGGGUGGGUGUGCAGGGAAGGUGGCCAAGAUCGAGGACAUGUACGACACGGGGUCGAUCAUCCACGUGCUCAACUUCGUGCCGCACCAGAACUCCCAGGGUGGGCAGCUGAUCGUCAUGCCGCACAAGCGCAUCCGGAUGCUGGGGCCCACCGACAUGGACCAGAAGAGCAACGUCCUCUGGAAUGUUAAGGUCGAGUACCUGCAGGACGAGAUGAUCAAAUUCGAGAAAAACACCACACUCAAGGUCAGUGAGUGACACACAGCGAGACAGACACACACAUACACAUGGCGCUCAUUGCGUUGUGUUCGUCAGGCGCUGCAUCAUGAGAUCGUGGCCACGUUGAAGGAGCUGUUGAGGACGUCAUACUUCUACAAGGAGCACUUCGAAUCGGUCAGCCGUGCAGAUCUGCACACAACACGUGUGUAUCCACGCACACACACUCUCUGUCCCUCCCUUCGUGUGUGUUAUCCAUUCAUCCAUCAGGUGAUUCGCUUCUACAACCUCGACUACCCAGCUAAGCUGGCUGAUCUCGUGGCGGGCAUCUCCAUGGCCAAGAGAGAGGAACUGCAAAACGUCCUCGCAGUGAGUCGUCAAGGCCAAGGCCAUACACUCACACACGCACACGACAGAUGGUUCCACACCCAGCACACACAGUCAUGACGUCCAUGUGCGAGUGUGUGUGCAGGAGGAGAACAUCGAGCAGCGUCUGAGUCUGGUGCUCGAGAUCGCAAAGAAAGACCUGGAGUUCGCAAAACUACAGGUACGCCCUCACACAGAGACAUAAAACACCUUUCCCAGAUGCACUCACUGGUCUGUCUGUCUGUGUGUGUGUGUGUGUGUUGUGUGCGUGGCUUUGACUGCAGUCCCAGGUGCGUGCCCAGGUUGAGGAGAAGAUCUCCAAGGAGCAGCGCAAGUACCUCCUCAUGGAGCAGCUCAAGUCGAUCAAGAGAGAGCUGGGGCUCGAGAAAGACGACAAGGAAACCAUCAUACAGGUACGUACACAACACCCACCACUUGACUAACACAGACGGAUCGACCGAUGCGUGUGUGUGUUGGUCAGGGCUUCCAUGACGCCAUCAAAGACAAGACCGUCCCUGAGGAGGCCAAGAAGGUCAGCAAUGCACCGACGCACAUUCUCGCGUCACACACAUGCCUUCGUGUGUUCAUCUACAGGUGAUAGACCACGAGCUGUCCCGCCUGUCGUCCCUGGAGAUGUCGUCGAGUGAGUUCAACGUGUGCCGCACCUACCUCGAGUGGCUGACCAGCCUGCCAUGGGGACACCACACCGACGACAACCAAGACAUCAAAAAGGCCGAGGUGAGAGCGGAAGUCGCCGACCGACGGCACACACGUACUGGUGUUUGAUGAUGUGGUGUGUGCAGCAAAUCUUGAACGAGGACCAUUACGGCCUGCAGGACGUCAAGGAUCGCAUUCUCGAGUUCAUGGUGACGCAUGACACACAACACACAGACGCGCCAGACGUCAUUCUAUGCGCUCCCUCCCUCUGUCUAUCUGUGUGUCUGUCAGGCGGUGAAUGUGCUUAAAGGCGACGUGCAGGGCAAGAUUAUGUGUCUGGUGGGCCCCCCUGGCGUCGGUAAGACGUCCAUCGGCCGGUCCGUGGCGCGAGCCCUCGACCGCAAGUUCUACCGCUUCUCGCUGGGCGGGCUCUUCGACGUGGCCGAGCUGAGAGGACACAGACGCACAUACGUGGGCGCCAUGCCCGGCAAGCUCAUCCAGGUGGGUGGGGGAUAAUGGACCGGAGUUUCGUACGUCUGAUGGUGUCCCUGUGUGUCGUGCAGGCGUUGAAGGCCAGCGGUUCGUGCAACCCCGUGAUUCUGCUCGAUGAAGUCGACAAACUGGUCAGUCGGUCGGUCGGGCGCCCUUUGUCAUGGAUAUAUGGAUGCGAUGGAUGCGCUCUUUGUCAUGAUGGCUUGCAGGGUCGUGAUUUCCGCGGCGAUCCCGCCUCUGCGUUGCUUGAGAUUCUGGACCCCAGCCAAAACAACACGUUCAGGUAACCGCACAGACAGAUAGACAGAAAUGUACACAUUGCGAGUGUUGGUGAGUUUGGUGUGUGUAUGUGUGUGUAGGGAUCACUACAUGGACGUGCCUGUGGACCUGUCAAAGGUGCUCUUCCUCUGCACGGCCAACACGUCAGACACAAUACCCGGUACGCACUCACCACACAAACCAUCACAGACUCACAGACGUGCGGCCGCAUCGAUGGGGGGGGCCCUUCUUUCCGUCUCAGCUCCUCUGCUUGACCGUCUUGAGAUCAUCCGUAUCGCCGGAUACGUCUUCCAAGUAACCAAUCAAUCAAACACACAUGCCCCACACGCCAGACCAUCCAACCACACCUCCGUCUGUUGAUCGAUUCUUCGUUCAGGAGAAGAUGGCCAUUGCCAAUGAGUAUCUGAUCCCCCAGACGGCCACCGCGACCGGCCUGAAAGACGACCAGAUAGAGGUGCCGCAGAACGUCAUCUCGCGACUCGUCAGGGACUACGCGCGAGAGGCAGGUGUGCGCAACCUCCUCAAGCUCAUCGAAAAGGUCUACAGGAAAGCCGCCCUCAAAAUCGUCAAGUGAGUCACAGCACAGUGGCUGCAACAUCACCACACACACAGAGGCAGGCGGACAGGAUGGUGUGUGGUGCGUGUUGGCUGUCAUGACAGGGACGGUGAGGAGAUGGUCAAGGUGGCUUUGGACAACCUGGUCAAAUUUGUGGGGCAGCCCACGUUCUUCUCUGACAGGCUAUAUGAGGAAACACCGCCAGGUCAGCCUCCCCCCUCCCCCUCUGCCCCUCCUCGACAAUGCACAUUCUCUCUCCAUCUGUCUGUCUGUCUGUCUGUCUGACCUCAGGGGUCGUGAUGGGUCUGGCGUGGACUCAGCUGGGCGGCGCGACGCUCUAUGUGGAGGCCACUGGUCGGCUCAAGAAGGACAUCAGGGGGGGAGAGGUGCCCGUAAACACUCAGCCUGACGAGGCCAUCGAGGCAAGCGACGAGAAGGAGUCAGACGAGGGCGAAGAACGAGAAACCGACAAACCCAAAAAGAGGUUAGACACGGACAGACAGGUGGUGUGAUGCAUUCCAUCCAUCCCUCCAUCCAUCGGUCUCACGUGUUGCUCUGUGUGUGCGCCAGGCCACCAUCUGACGACGAGACUCCUGACUCAUCGAUGGGCGGUCCCUUCAAGGUGACCGGCCAGCUGGGCAGCGUCAUGAGCGAGAGCUCCCAGAUCGCCCUCACCUUCACCCGCAACUUCGUCAAGACCAUCGACCCCAAGAACAGCUUCCUGGACCAGGCGACGAUCCACCUGCACGUGCCCGAGGGCGCCACGCCAAAGGACGGCCCUUCGGCGGGCAUCACCAUGGCGACGGCACUCGUGUCCCUGGCCGUCAACAAGCCGGUUGUGAGGGAUUUGGCCAUGACGGGGGAGCUGACGCUGACGGGGCGGGUGCUGCGGAUCGGCGGCGUCAAGGAGAAAGUCAUCGCUGCACGGAGAGAAAACGCCCGGGUGAGUGGGCGAGAGAGAGGGGGGGAGGGAAGGAGGGAGGGAGCGUGUGACAGAGCAUCUCAUGGAUGGAUGGAUGUGUGUGUGUGGCAGAUACUGUUGUUCCCUCUGGACAACAAGAAGGACUACGACGAGCUGGCCGACUACAUCAAGGUAAGGUGCACACACACGCACACGCCGACAGUUUGAGAUCCACGUGUUCAUUCAUUUGUUUAUUGCAGGAGGGUCUGCACGUGUUCUUCGUGUCCCACUACCGGGAUGUGUAUAACUAUGCCUUUGGGCUGGCCGACGAGGUGCGCAACCUCCCCGCACGAGAAGCCCCACUUCCAGAGGCGCACAGCGCAAAUGAGCUGCCCAUCCCGGCCGCCGCUGCCAACGCCGCAUAG